AACUCAAAUGCAUUUUCCUUCUAAAAACUAUGCACAUAUUUUAUGUUUAGUAUCUCUGUGAGAGCUCUUAGGAUAGCUUUUUUGUUGUUGUUUUUCCAUUACAGCUGAGACUGAAUAUUUCAAUAUUAUUCAUGUUUUUCCAGUUUUCACUUAGCUAGCAUUUGUUGUUUUGUGAUGUACUGAAAUACGUUUCUGAGGUACAAAGAUAAAUUGAUGUAGCCCCUAUACUCAAAGUGAUCUCUAAUUUUAAUUAAUAGUAAACAGUAGCAUUUUGAUAUGUGAACAUAAGUGAAUUUUUGAUUUUUAUAUGUUAGAUUCUGAGAGAUGAACUACUAUUUUCAGGGUAACUAUUUUACUUACCUUUCUUUGAGGUGAGAGCAUUUGUAUGCCUGCUGAGGAAUGUGGAGGUUACAGUAACAGUGUGAGAGUCUCAUGACAGAGUUGAGCAGGAGAAAAACUUUGCAUUUAAACCAUUCUGCUUCCUGCACAAAGAAUAUAUGAUAGGUAUGAUAGAGAUAAGGCAUAGUAUGUGCUGUGGAAGAACACCAGUUAGGCAAUAACACAGGGAAGAGUUUAUAACUAAUUAGCAUUAGUGGUUGAAGGGAUGAUGGGUAGGCUGAUAGAAAAAAUCAAAAUCUAAUGCCAAUAACAGCAACAAACCAGCAUUAAUUUAGUAAUUUCUUUAUGGCUGGUGGCAUUUUAGGUGUUGUGUGUGUUAACUCAUUUAAUUAUUACAAAAAUGUAUGACAUCAGUGCUUUACGCCUUACCUAUGUAUUUGAAAAUAUUGCAUUUCAGAAGGGUUAAAUGAAUUUUCUGAGAUCAGAUAGCUAGUAAGUGGUAGAGGUGACAUUUAAAUCUAGAUAGUUUGUUUUAGACUUGAGACAAAAUCAAGAGUUAGAAGGCUUUGAAAUACAAUUAUACUAGAGGGGCAAUGAAUACAGGAAGCUUAACUGUCAUUUCUAGCCAUGCUGAGCAAGAUGAGAGGAGAGACACAUUUAAGCCAUGAGUUCAAGGUUGGACAUGUAGGUGAGAUCUUUGGUGUGGGACCAUCUUGACCUGCCCCAACUGUAGGCUUGGCUUUGCUCUUGUGUCCCUUUCUAAAUAGGAGUAGGACAGUGGGUUUUGUUUUGUUUGUUUCUGUUCUCUUCUAGCCACACUGGGUUUUCAUCAAGUUCACAAGGCUUGUUUCACUUCUCCUCACAUUGUGAGGGCUUUGUUCUGAAUGAAAGGUAGAGGAGAAGGAUUCUCACAGGCUUCCUGCGUUUGCUCCAGUGACUGCUGCUGCUUUCAUCUGGUAAUCUUAAUGUUUUCAGGGAAGACUGUUAUUCCUUUAAUAUUUGGAAGCAAAGCAGCUGUUUUGAAGAUUAGACCUUAAUAAGGGUUUGGGUAAAUCUGUAAAGGAAUUUCCCACAGAAUAAUGUCUUUGACCCCAGGAGCACCUUAUACAUACACACCCCUAAAUCUACUUAGGGAAGGAACUGUUGUCAAUGUCUGUGGGGUUGUGAAGUUCUUUAAGCCUCCGUACUUAAGCAAAGGAACAGAUUAUUGUUCUGUUGUCACAAUUGUGGACCAGACAAACGUGAAGUUAACAUGCAUGCUCUUUAGCAGAGACCGGGAUACCCUUCCCAGCAUCUCUAAAGUUGGAGACGUUGUUUGCUUCCGUGGGCUCAAGAUCCAAACUUAUAAAAAUGAGCUUCAGGGAAUCAGCAAGUUUGGUUUUGCAUCUUUGACGUUUGAUGGCACCAUAGGAGCUCCUGUCAAACUGCAUACUUUCAGCAAGAGUUUUAACGUCACUGCUCAGGACCACCGUAUGGUAGAAGCGUUGCGGACUUGGGCAUCCACACACAUUUCAGCUUCUUCCAACUCACUGCAGCUUUCUGAUGUUCAACCCAAGCAGUAUUAUGACCUGACUUGUCAGCUCCUGGGCAAAGCAGAAGUGGAUGGAGUGUCGUUUCUCCUAAAGGUAUGGGAUGGCACCAGGACGAAGAUUCCGUCUUGGAGAGUCUGCAUACAAGACGUUGCUUUGGAAGGUGACUUAAGUCACAUUCUACGGCUACAGGAUCUGGUGGUGGACAUUGUCGUUUAUGAUAAUCAUGUCCAAGUGGCAAAAUCCCUAAAGAUCGGAAGCUUCCUUAGAAUCUACAGCGUCCAUACCAAACUUCAGCCAAUUAAUUCAGAGUCCACAACUUCCUUGGUGAGACUCGAAUUUCAUCUUCAUGGAGGAACUAGCUAUGGUCGUGGGAUCAGGGUCUUACCAGAAAAUAACUCUGAUGUGGAUCAGCUGAAAAAAGCUUUAGAAUGUGUAGAUUUGGAAACUAUUCAGACCUCAGAUGACACCUGUCAAUCAGACAAUGUGGAGAAUUAUUUAACAUCUUCAAGCUCCGAAUCAGACUUAGUUUCCCUGUAUGAGGUGGAAAGAUGUCAACAACUCUUUGCUACAACACUUACAGAUUACCAUUAUUUAGAGAAGACAUCAUUGUGUGACAUUUUGAAGCAAAGAGCUCCUCGCCGAUAUCGAAUCAGAGCAAAACUAAGAUCAUACAAGCCCAGAAGACUUUUACAGUCUGUUAAACUUAUUUGUCCUAAAUGCCAUUUAUUGCAAGAAAUUCCGCAUGAGGAAAAUGUGGAUAAAAUUUUGCAAGAUGCUGCAGCUACAGCCCCAGACCGCAGGCUGCAAAGUACACAGUUAUACAACUCAGAAGUCUGGACCACUGAAGGCCAGGGAGGACGACAGGUUGCCAUCCACUUUGUAAAAAAUGAUGGCAUCCUUCCUCACUCAAGUGAAUGUCUAGUUUUGAUAGAAGGAGGACGGCUCUGUGAAAUCUUUAAACUGUCAAGUGUGUUUCACAGUGUGAUCCCUGUGAGGUCUGGCCCUGAGGACCUGGAGGUCCUAGAUCUUGCAGCACCAUUCCUCAUACGAGGAAAGGUGUGUCACUAUGGAUGUAAACAGUGCUCAAACUUGAAACCAAUACAAAACCUAAGUACCAUUCCUAACAAAAGAUUAUGGAUUCCUUCCUCUGUGGCAGAAGUUCUGGGCAUUGUACCUCUACAGUAUGUGUUUGUUAUGACUUUCAUGUUUGAUGAUGGAACUGGAGUAUUGGAUGUCUACCUCAAGGAUUCUGAGAAGUUUUUCCAGAUCCCAGCAUCAGAAAUCCUCACUGAUGAUGACCUUCAGAGAAAUCUGGAAGAUGAUUCUAUUACUUUCAACCAGAUCCUGUAUUUGAUUUCUACCUCUAUACCUACUAUAUAUUAUUCCAUCCCAUUUCAGCUAAUGGAAGUUUAUGAUGAUGGAGAGUAA